AUGGGCUCUUCCUCAAUUGCCCCAGAAAAGAGCGUGCGGCCAGAGCGCUUCCGGCCGGCGCUCAUAACAUGUCCGUGGAUCCGAGAAACGGUGUACGCCCACACCUUCCAGAUCCGACUCAAGCAUCUAGCGACAUAUCCCAACCUACCGUCCCUGGGACCCUCGGAUCUCAUCAAUUGGGGCCGCCAUUAUGGAGAGCGCUCAUCAAAGUUCACCCUGAACGAGUUUGGGGUAGAUGCGGCUCCGGAUGGCCUCAAUAAGGAUGCAGAUGGGUAUGUGGGAUAUUAUCACUUCAGCAACGGCAUUGACUACCUGGGCGGCGUUCUUAGCAUGGAGCAGUAUCUAUUAGGUAGUGUAGGAUUAGUGUAUUCGGAAGGUUUGUAUGUGCGCGGCAGCCAGUGUCUUGUGGGGCUGUCCGGAACCAGUCAGGAGAAACCUAUGAUCUUGACGCUCUGCGCAUACAAUGUGUUUUCGCGGGCGGAGUUGCGGAUGCGGGCGAAUGUUGCGGUGCCGAAGGGAACAAACCCGAGCUUCAAACUGCUGAAACCGGCGAAGGCGCUGGCCCUUCCUGUAGACGUAAGUGUUCUGUUCAGUGUCUACUAUGUGGCCGAACAACGCACAGUAGACUAUACCAAAGCCACGAUUUCGGAGCUACCUCAAAGUUUCUGGGAUGAGCUCGCAGCGCUGUCACUCAUUCGGCUGUUUUUGUGCUCCGAUGAUCCCUCGAAACAGCUCUCUGGAACAGUGAACCUUCCCGAUAUGGUGGUUGACCGCGAAAGCUUGGCGGUCACACUGGCGCUUCUCGUCAAUCUUCUUCCGAAGGGCCAUAUGGCAGGCACUCGCGAGUCAUAUGGGUCUGUGACCUUGGCUGGCCAGGGCCCUGGACUCCUUCUGAAGCUGACCACCUACCGCAAUUAUCUUGUAGACUCGCUUGUGCGGGUGGUCUCGCUCGACUCCUCGGGCAACGUAGCUGAAGACACCAUAUCUCUCAUACAGGCGAUGUUCGGCCACAACUUCGACUAUGUGGUGUGUCAGCUUCUCAAAACUCAGCAUACACGCAACAACACUGCACGAUUCUUGAAUCUUCUCCACGACUUUUUUGCAUUUGAAACGCUGCUGUGUCAGGCAGCAUUACUUCUUACUGAGCAAGCCCGCUUUCUCAUAGGUCAAAACUCCAUAGAUCAAGCCAAGUAUUUAGCUGCUCGCGCCGUUGCAAUCUUACCACUUGAUUUUGACAGUUGGUACCAUCUAGCUCUCUGCUAUGUCUUGGAACGAGACUUUGUGAGGGCCCUUGAUACCAUUAAUUCGUUGUGUGUAGUGAUUGGUCCUAGUGUUGGCAAGCCUUUUGACGUCAACGGCACCCCUGAUACUUACGCCUCUCGCUUUGUUGAACAUAGCGCCCGCGGCAAGGGUAUCGAUUUGCGUACUUUCGAGAAUUAUUUCAGACCACCUGUGGACGAGAAAAAUGUUGAAAUUGCCUCGAUGGAUCACAUAUGGCACCGGACCUUUCAAUAUGAUCUGAGUAAACGGAGACCCAUCACGGGACUGUUUUAUACUUCGGCGCUCGAUUUGGCCUCGCCCAAAGAAGCCUCAGUGGUCAGUUACGAAGUUCAUGAGGUUUUAGGUCCAAAUAGUACUAAACUCGCCACUGCAGCCAAAUCUGCGAAACAGCAGCGAGCAUCUGUUCUUGACUUUGAACGGCGCUCGACUUGGGGCCGCGUCUAUGACCUUUUGACCACUCUUGUAGCUCUUAUUGGGUGGGAGAACUUGGCGGAAUCCCAUUACCGUGCUUUUACCAGCCAAACACAAGAUACAAAGAAUUACGUGGUUGAUCAUGGAAGUGAGAACAAAAAGCCGAUAUCACCCUGGUUCCAACAACUCUUCACUGUCGUUUAUGAAGAUUUAAAAGCUAUGGCAUCACUCAACGGAGCUGAGCACAGAUCUGUUCUUGCGUGGGAGAUGACGGGCUUUUUAGGAUGGGGUUGCAAAUUCAAUCUUCGAGAGACGAUUUCGGCGCUCAUAACCAGCUCUUCCACUGCUACCGAAGGUCACUUUCACUAUUUCUCAACAGUGAAGCUAUUGGAAAUCUACAAUGAGUUUGUCUUAAGCGACAUUACAAGUUCGGCACUUGAUACAUACUCCAGUGCUUACGACGGAUGCAAUUAUACCAACAAGCUUAUCGUGAAGUACUUCUCGCCACAGGUGUACCAAGAGUUUGUACGACUGUUGGGGAUGGGCAACUUUACCUUAGAGAACGUGCUCAUGCACUUGGUUAAAUUGUGCAGCUGGAAUGUGCGGUGGUACGGCUACAUGCCACCUUACAUUGUAGUGGAAACCUUGCAGAAGCUCUGUAUAAAAUUCGAGAUUGCCGUAGUGAGAGAGACAUUGAGGAUAAUGUUCGUCAAGUACCACAAGGGUAAAGAAAAACAGAGCGGAGCGUUUACAUUAAAAGAGAUGUUUGCCCCUCCAAAACAAAAUGAGGGCGCAAAGUACGAAUUUGAAAGUGGCGAUACGAUUCCUAAAUACAUGGAGCUGUUAAUCGACUGGGUUGAGGAGAUGAGCGAUCAUGAGCGAAGCAUGGCGCAGAAUUAA